AUACAUGAAAUAAUUAAAUUAUCGAGUGAUGAAGACUGUGCACCCGAAAUAAUUGAAUUAUCAAGUGACGACGAAAGCCAAACACCCAAAAUAAUUGAAUUAUCGAGUGACAAAGAAGUGGUGUUUGAAGAAAACCAAAUGGCUGUUUCUAGAGACUGA